AUGGGGUUCAAUCAAAGGAUACUACAGAUGUUCAACCACAAUAAAUCAUUUACGUAUGCAGAAUUGAGCCCCUCACUUAAUAAUUCGGAUGGUGAAUAUAAGGACGAGGAUCGAUUUCUCAACCGCUUCUCUGCUGGCGCCGACUCAUUCGAACACAAUGAAAAGGAACAGCCUAGCAGCUGCCACAAGAAUCAUUCAUUUUUGAGGUGUUUGGGAUGGCUGAAUGGACUUUUCUUCUGUCUGUCACUUUACUUGUUCACAGCAGCUAUGGUCAAUUGGAAGCAAGCUCCAGGUGGAGGGGAGCGAAACUGGGCCCUGAAGCAAGUCUCGGAAAAAUCUCCUGUUCUGGAUGCGAUUGACAUUCCACUUUCUACCUGGCGACUGAAUGGCACCUUUUUGGAAAGGGAGGGCGAAUCAAUCUAUCGUCAGCCUCCUUCUCCUGAAGUUGACGCAGCCUGGGCUCGUAUUGAGACUCAAAAUCCAAUUCCUCUGUCAAGACAGGAUCUCGUGAAUCAAGGCAAAGAUCCAGAAAUGUACGCCAAGUUUCCAAAGUCAUUCGGCUUCGGCCCAGACGCCUACAUCGGAAGAAUCGAUGUCUUUCACCAAAUUCAUUGUCUCAACCGGCUGCGGAUGCAUCUGUGGUGGAAUGUGGAUUAUUAUUAUCCAGAUGAAGAGAUGGGUAAAUAUCACCAGCUUCAUGCUUCUCAUUGCGUGUACGCCUUGCUUCAGAAUCUUAUGUGUCAGGGUAACGUCGAUACCUACGGACACUAUUGGGUUGAUAUGCAGGAGAAUGCUGUUCCGGAUUUCAAUAUCAAUCACAAGUGCCGGGACUUUGAAGCCAUACUUCAAUAUCAUGAUGAGAUUGCAAUACCGCUGGAGAAGUUUGGUGCUUUGAGGCGACCUGAAGGAGAACCGGUCAGGCAUAUGACGCAUGAAGCGAAGGAGAUCUUUCGCUGGUUUGAUAAUCACCCAGAUAAUGGACAAGAUGGGACAGAGAUUUUGUGA